UUCCCAGUAUUCCAUUAAAUCUCACUGUAAUUCACCUCCACACCAGUGUGUGCGCUGUUCACGCCCUGCUGGUUAAUCUGGCCCUCUUUGUCCUUCUAUACUCUGCCCAUGGAUGUAUUAAGAGAACCCUACCCCCGCCCUCACUGCUACCAUUUGAAAAAAAGCGGCGGGAGAUGAGUCGGAGAGUUAGAGCAAAAGCUUCCAAAAUAUGGGAAUACGAUAUUUCAUGCCAACUGGUAAAAAAGUUGUCUGUACUUCACUUGGAAACACACAGAAGUUGUUCGAGAUGUACGGAGCGUUUUUUCUCUCCUCCAUAUCUCCUCCGGAGCUCCAAACAUGCACACACAGAAAAGAAAAAGACAACGAAGCAGUCGCCGUCUUCACAACUCUGAGACAAACUGUAGCAGGCGCUAUGAACCGGAGCAAGGACUAACCUCGCCUCAUAACAAGGCUGUGACCUAUAUUUGCUCGGAACUAUGUCUGCAAGUCCAGAUUUACAUGACGCUGAUAAUGAUGCCAUUGUGUCUGCCUGUAAGACAUAUUACGAGACAGCACGCAGGAGCUUCAGGUAGAAACAACCAGGUGUGGCAUCGCGGGCAGAAGCUGUGAAGAGUUCAGCUCGGAGUCGGUCAAGAAGAAAAGAGGCUGCUGGAAGCGAGACAGUGCUGCCUGCGGGUGAGGUGGUAUUUGGAAGUGCGCCACCAUAGAAAUACAGGACAACGCACCACAAACGUCUGCUAAAUGGACCGAAUUCAGACCGAAUGCUACUGGCCGCGGGUUAGACUCUGUCAGGCUGGUGAAUGGGACCAGUAUGUGCUCAGGCAGACUGGAGGUGAAGACUAACUAGUCUACCCAGCGCUGGUCCUCAGUGUGUGAAGAUGACUUUGACCAGCAGGAUGCAGAGGUGGUCUGUAGGGAGCUUGGCUGUGGGCCUCCUUCAGUCCUCCAGGGGGCGCUCUAUGGAGAAGUGGAGGCUCCAAUGAGGACCAAAGAGUUCCAGUGUGUAGGCCAUGAAUCUGCUCUCCUGGACUGUAGAAGCUCAGGCUCAGAUAGAAACACCUGCUUACCUGGAAAAGCUGUUGGACUCACCUGCUCAGAGCCUGAUGCUGUUAGGUUGGUGGGAGAAGCCAGUCGCUGUGCAGGAACACUGGAGGUGAAAUAUCAGGGAGAAUGGAGACCAGUGAGGUACCGUCACUUUGGCUGGACCCUGAAGACAUCAGAUGCUGUCUGCAGAGAGUUAGACUGUCGCUCUGCUGUUUCUGUAGGAGAGAGAAAAGAGUCCUCAGACAGACCUGUGUGGUUGAUCUGGUCUGACUGUGUUAAGUCUGGAUCUGCUCUGAGGGAGUGUGCAGGAUCAUAUUAUUCUUCUUCCAUCCUGAAUCUCACCUGCUCAGACUCUGUCUGGCUGGUGAAUGGGACCAGUCUGUGCUCAGGCAGACUGGAGGUGAAGACUAACCAGUCUACCCAGCACUGGUCCUCAGUGUGUGAAGAUGACUUUGACCAGCAGGAUGCAGAGGUGGUCUGUAGGGAGCUUGGCUGUGGGGCUCCUUCAUUCCUCCAGGGGGCGCUCUACGGAGAAGUGGAGGCUACAAUGAGGACCAAAGAGUUCCAGUGUGGAGGCCAUGAGUCUGGUCUCCUGGACUGUAGAAGCUCAGGCACAGAUAGAAACACCUGCUCACCUGGAAAAGCUGUUGGACUCACCUGCUCAGAUCCAUCAGAUCUAUCGGAUCCAUCUGAUCCAUUGGAUCCAUCGGACCCAUCAGAUCCAUCGGACCCAUCUGAUCCAUCUGAUCCAUCUGAUCUAUUGGAUUCACCACCUUUUAUCAUCACAGUAGUCGUCCUGCUGAUGUUGGUGAUCACUGCCCUUUACUUCUACUACAAGGCCUGUAGGGGGAAGCAGUCAGACAGAAAGGAGGAAAUUGAGCUGUACCUGCAGCUGAAGGAGGGCUGACUGAAGAGAAAGGAGCUCACAGAGCAGAGUAGCACCUCCAAGGAUCAGAAUAUGACUAUAAAACGGCAUUUUUUUAAUUUCUGUUUUCUCGUGAUUUUAUUUGUUGUUAUAGGAAAUAGAAAAUCAAAA